AUGGGAAUAGCUUCUCUUGUGACAAUGAUUCAAAAGUGGGAUGAAUCUAAGUUUCAAGGCACCACCAUUACGGCUCCAGUUGACAAUAUCUGUGGUGAUCCGGUGUCGGUCGACGAGUGCAUUGGCCAAGUUGGCGUCCAGUUGAGGGUCAUUUUGACGCGGAUCAGAUUGUCGGCGGUCAAAGGCGGCGCUUCUAAGAGCAUCAAGUCCAAUAAACCAUUGAACAACAACAAUAAUCUGGACAAGCCAGCCACCUUCGCUUCACCCUUCAAGCAACCUGCCCUAGUAGGCCUGAGCUCCUCUCAUCUCGGAAAUGUCCACCCUUGCCCCCGUCCGAUGAAUAUGCUCCUCGUCGCUCAGUCGUCUGCCCAUCAGCCUGAUAUCAUCAACAACACUCAUUCUGCGCUCCAUACACAGAUCUCCUCAAAAAAUCUUCAGGCUGCUGCCGUUGCUGCCUUGACCUCCAAUUUAAUCGCUGCAACCAACCUGUCCUCUCGUGCCACAAUCACCCACUCGCCCAUCUCAUGCAAUCUAUCUUUGGCAUCCGUAAUCGUGCGACAUUCGCUGUGCCUGAUCAACCUCAAUGGAUACACCAAAGAAGCUAAGAAAGAGAUUUUCGCUCCCCAUCCAAAUGGAAUUUGUCAGUAUUUGUUAGCUCUUCCAUGUAUCCUCUCUCGAGGUGCAGAGCGAGAGGGUUGGGGAUUGAACCAGGGUGGUAGGGUUGGAAAAGAGACCACUUGGAGGACUAAGAUGAAACAUACUCAAAUCUUAGCCCUUUGCCUUAAAUCAUAG